CUUGUCUGCAAUUUGUCCACUAGAUGAGCUCACUGACUACGUCAUCAUACCAUCCAAUUCUCUAUUUGACGCUCCCUACUUUCUACUUUCUAUACUUAACUGAACAGUAGAGGAGAAAAGCCAGCAGGGUUUUGGAAAAAAUUUAGUAACAGAGCUCAAUAAAGACAAAAAUGGCGGCAGGAGUGAGGAGAAUCAAGCUGGGAUCACAAGGCCUAGAGGUGUCAGCCCAAGGCUUAGGUUGCAUGGGAAUGUCUUUUAGCUAUGGCCCUCCAAAACCUGAGCCAGAUAUGAUCAAGCUGAUCCACCAUGCCAUCAAUAGUGGUAUCACUCAUCUGGACACCUCUGAUGUCUAUGGCCCCCAUACUAAUGAAAUCCUCAUUGGAAAGGCAUUGAAGGGGGUGGAAAGGGAGAAAGUUCAAAUUGCAACGAAAUUUGCGUCAAGAAUUUUGCCAACUGGAGAACAUGUAGCAUGUGGCCAUCCAGACUAUGUGAGGGAAGCUUGUGCGGCCAGUUUGAAGAGGCUAGAUGUUGAUUAUAUUGAUCUCUAUUUUGUUCAUCGGAUUGACAGAACGAUUCCUAUUGAAAUCACGGUUGGAGCUCUGAAGCAACUGGUUGAAGAGGGUAAAGUAAGAUACAUAGGUCUAUCUGAGGCCUCUCCGGAAACAAUCAGGAGGGCUCAUGCUGUUCAUCCCAUAACAGCUGUGCAACUAGAAUGGUCCUUGUGGACAAGAGAUGCUGAGGAAGUGGUUAUUCCCACAUGCAGGGAACUAGGCAUAGGAAUUGUAUCGUUCAGUCCUCUGGGCAGAGGAUUCUUUGCAUCUGGUGCGAAGUUGACGGAGAACUUGACUAGUAAUGACUUCCGUAAGAGGAUCCCAAGGUUUCAGGAGGAGAAUGUUGAGCACAAUAACAAGCUGUUCGAGCAGGUUGCUCAGUUGGCAACAAGAAAGGGUUGUACUCCAUCCCAAUUGGCCUUAGCAUGGGUUCAUCAUCAAGGGGACGACGUCUGUCCCAUUCCUGGCACCACCAAGAUUGAGAACCUGGAGAGCAACAUCAAGGCCUUAUCGGUGAAGUUGACACCGGAAGAAAUGAAAGAGCUUGAAUCAAUUGCUUCAGCUAAUGCAGCAAAGGGUGACAGAUACCCACCUGCUAUAAUGGCAAAUACUUGGAGAUUUGCAAAUACUCCGCCUCUGUCAUCUUGGAAAGCUACAUAGAAAGGUGUAUUGACUCUUGGUAACUGAUCCCUCUGUACUCUUGUAUUCUUUGAAGGUCUGUUACAUAGUUUACAUGAAGCUCUGUAAUCUGUUUGUUUGUACUUUUUAUUAUGGUUGGCAAUAAAACCCAGAACCCAACAACCCGUCCAAACCGCCCACUUAAUUUAAAGGUUGGGUUGGGUCAUUUGGGUGAUGGGUUUUGACGGGAUGGGUUAGUAAACCCAGCUCGUUUAGUGGGUGGAUUGGGUUUUUCACUUCAGCGACUUCUCAUUCUCUGCAAGAUCACCACCUUUGCAUCAUCCCUAUCAUGAAGAGCUGUGGAGGUUGGGUGUUCACUGAAGGCUUCUUUUUGUUGCAGUCAGCUAUACAUGGAGAUUCAGAAAUCUAGCAGUGUUUCACAAAGCUGGUAAUUCUGAUACAACUAGUGUACUAGCUAUUGUCUUGGGACUUUGUCAAGGAGGUUGUUGCUGGAGGGCCAAAGAUUCCUGUAAUAAAAGCAAAUUGGGAUAUGAUAAUGGUUAGCCUGACUCGUUUCUGUUUUGGCUGAUGGCUAGCUUGUGUUUCAUGCUGUUUGGCAACUAGUUUGUUUGUUUGUUUGUUUGUUUGUACUUGUGGUUUCACUUUCGUGCAUAAUGGGAUUUGAUAAUGGAUACUUUGUUUUGUCUGCUUUGAUGAUUGCUUGAUAAUUCUACUUCCCUGAUUCAUUGCGAGGCAA